AUGGCCCAAGCUAUUGCUAUACUUCGUCAAAACCUUAAAUCGGGAGUCAAUCCCACCACUGUUGAGCCUUAUGGUACUGUAGUGUUCACCGAGAAUGGCGACAAAACUAAAAUUGACGUUGACAUUGUCGGGUUGGCACCUGGAGCACAUGGUUUCCAUAUUCACGAAUUUGGCGAUCAAACUGACGGUUGUGUCUCAGCUGGUGCACACUUUAACCCAUUCAAGAAGAAUCACGGUGCACCAACCGCGACAGAACGUCAUGUUGGGGAUCUGGGAAACAUUAAUGUUGGCGACGACCAAAAAGUAAAGACUACACUUCAAGAUACUCAGAUUAAAGUGACGGGACAAAAUUCGAUCGUUGGACGCUCAAUUGUCGUACACGCUCUCCCAGAUGAUCUUGGUCUAAAACCAAAUGAUGCAGAAAGUCUCAAGACCGGCAAUGCUGGUGCUCGUAUUCUUUGUGGUGUUAUUGGUAGGACUUCCUCAUCUACUACUCUUAAUGUUAACAAAAAUAUAUCUCCCAAAUCAUCACUUUAA